GAGCUGCAGGUAUAAUAUAGAAGUCAAGUGCUUUUCUAGACUGGUGUUACUACAGUUGCUGGUAUGCCUGUACUGCGCACUCUGGUAGUGCCAGGACUGCCGCAUGCAGACAACAGGAAUGCAUUAGACUGGGGGUGGGAGGGACUGAUAGCGUACGGCUGUCAGAGUGUGGUUGUGGUCAUCGAUCCUAGCUCGGUACAGCCGCUCCAGACUCUGGCCCAUCACAAGAGCUCCGUCAUCCGGCUCCGAUGGUGUCACCAGAGACGUCACCACACCCUGGCCGCACCCUACUCCCUCCGCCUCGCCUCCGUCGAUGCCAGCUCCCUCUGUGUGAUCUGGGACGUCGGACAGGCAGCCGUAGUCGCAGAAUUCUCACUCGGAAACAAACCACUGGUGGACAUGCAGUGGCUAACAACAGACGACACAGGUCUGGAGUUGCUGGCAGUGAUGCUGAGUCCCAGCACCCUCACUCUGUGGAACUCUAGCAGUGGGAGCAAGAUCACUAGAGUCACCUUCUCAGAGACCAUAGAGGCCUUCACCUUCAGCCCCUUCCACUCCGAGAACCUUGUCUUACAAUCUCCAGAGUGCUUCAUAUUUGUGAGUGACUUCAACGCGAAUCGGACACCGACCACCGGGGGAGGCAAGAAGUUCUACAUGACAAAGAGCACCGGCUCCAACAACACUCUGCCCACCUCUCGCCACAAGUCGGCCGGACCCACCUGGAAACUUCUCUCCAGUGACAGUCUCAAAGGGGAGGAGAGUAUCACACAGGUAGACUGCCGUCAAAUAGUCUUCUCCACGGCCCACAAGCACCACCUCCUCAUCGUGUACCCUCGAGAGGUCGUCGUCAUGGAUAUGGAGAUCAGACAGGCCAUCGGCUCACUGACUCUCGAGAGAAACUCGUCUCCUCUCCUGCGCCUGUUGCCGUGCCGACAGCGCAACGUCCUCUUCUGUCUCCAUGAGAACGGGGGUGUCAGCAUGAGGUUCCACCAGACCACUCCCCCUCCCCUCCUCCCUCCCCACCCCUUCCCUUGAACCACACGUACAGGUGCCGAGUGUGUCGUACACUCUCUGCUGUUCCUCGGAGCCACUGAGGAUCAGCAAACUCUGCACCGUCUUCACCGGAGCUCUGUGUCUGUCGUCAGAGAAGAGAGUGGCCGUCAUGACCAGUGAGGGCCGCAUACUCAUCUGGGACGUCGAGUUUGAGCAGGUGGGGCUCUAUGGGCAAGAGUUCCCAGACGACGUGGCUCCACCCACUUUUCUCUCGGCAUGUCCGGUGGAGGCGGGGCUGGUCGACCUGCCGGGGGAGGGGGAGGGGCCAGCGGGGGAACCGACGGAGAGACUGACUCUGGCUGACACCAUUGCUCCACACUGGUUCUCCCCUCCUGAAGGUUGUCCAUCCAGCUAUGCCUACCUGUCGGCGAGAAUGGUCCUCAACGGUAUGUGGUGUGGCAUCAACGGUCGGACCACUGCGGUCCGAAUGUGUCCACCGUUGACCACCAAGAACUGGGUCUACUACGUACCGCAGGUUGCCGUGGGGACCGCGGCCGGCGUACUGCACGUGGUCAGUCUGAAGGCAGAGGCAGUGGUGCAGGAGGUCGCAGUCCACACCUGCCCUGUCAGAGGGAUAGAGUGGUUGAGUCACCACUCGUUUGUGUCGUGGGCCCACACGUCGGCCGCGUCCAUCUCGGGUCAGGUCCGGAGCGAGAUCUGUGUGACUGACAUCACGACGGGGAAGGUGACCCCUCUGAACAGGGGAGACUCUGAGAAUGGCAGUCAGACUCCCAUUGAGACCGUCCGCGUCUCCUCUCACAAGAACUACCUGGUGGCCAAACACAAAGACAGACCGCUGGAGUUCUGGGAUGCCAAGAACCUGACGUUCAUGAGGGAGCUCGUGUCAAACCCUCCUACCUUCAGCUGCGUGGAGUGGUAUCCGACGCACGGGAAGAGCAAGACGCACAAGGUGGACGCAGACAACCUCAUGGCCGUGGACUUUGACCUUGCCAUGGGGGCGGGAGAGGUCAAGGUUCAGGAGAGAGAAGUACUAAACGUGAUGGACGACGUUGGGAGUCUGUGGCAGAUCUCCAUCGAGGGGUCAAGAGUUCGCGUUAUCAACGGAGCACCUCUAGCGCUGCCUCUCAGUGGGCCGUGUGGGAUGUCGUUCAAGGGGGAACUGAUGGUGUCUGGUGAUGCUGAGGGAAACAUCGUCUUUCUGGAGAAUUCACAGUGGAAGUCACUGGAGACCCACCGUGGAGCGAUAAGAAAGUUGAGGUUUGCUCCAGGCAAGGGAAACUACAAGCUCCUCAUUCUCUACCACAACAGACUGGAGACGAGGGACACGCGGUCUCACUCCUCCAAGAACACCCCUCAGAAGGCGAUCACAAUGCUGCUGUCAGACGCUGUGCUGGGUACUCUGAAGUGGGGCACCGCGAAAGACAGCAACUGUCACUUCGCGGUGGAGGACGCUGACUGGGCCACGUCCGACAAGCCCGUCGUCCUCGGCAACGACGGCUGCAUGCGGGUGUUUGACACGGAACUGAGGACCUGCCACUCUGUGCUCAACGUCCUCGAGAUGGGAGAGCCGGUGUUCCUGCCUCAAGUGGUCCUGCCACAGGCCAGUCUGAGAGUGAAGGCAAUGCUGCAGCACCAGCCGUGGAACCUCGAAUACAGCCUGGACCCCAGCGAGGUCGAUGACAUGGACAGUAUUGAAAAGGGUGUCAAGAAACUUCUCACCAUACUACCAGAGGGUUUCCGCCAGGCUCUGACUGAGUCGAGUCUGGGUACUCCACACAGAGCUGUCAUCACUGCCAGGUUGUAUGGAGACCAGAGAGAGCUGGAUUUCUGGUCUGUGGCACAGUAUUAUCUCCUGAGAGAGAAAUAUCGACUUGCUGACCCAAGAUACCAGGUGUACAAGCAGGCAGGUCCAAACCAGCCGGUCAGUGACAUCAUCAGACCAAAUUCCAUGGCCUCCACCAGCGUGGUCCCCCCUCCCUCUGCCCCCCUGGGGGGACGCAGGGUUGAGGACAUUUUUGGACCCCUCGGAGACAGCAGUGGAGCGGACACUCCGAGCCCCCUGUCCCCUGCCCCUAGUCCCCUCUUUCCCGCCUCCACCCCUCCUCCCCUCCCCCCCUCCUCCGCCUCCCUCUCGCAACGAGAGGUGGCCGCCCUGUUUACAGACACCCAGCUCCAGACUCUCUCUCUGACUCCGCCCCUUGACCUCUGUCACGACCUCCUCAUCGACACACACACCUACCAGAGAGUACAGUUGUACAGGGCGAUGCUACAUGACAGCAAGAGACAGACUUACCAACAGACACGCAGAUGUGCUGAAACUCUGCUCCUCCUCAACCAGACGGACCGUGCGGUUCAUCUGCUACUAGAGACUGACUCGUCCAGUAGGGAAUAUUACACUGACGCUCUAAAAGCCUGUCUAGCUGCCACCAUCAGAUCCUCCGGUGCCUCUCAGAGCACCAUCAAACUUGUGGCCACAAACCUCAUCGCCAACGCUCGCAUCAUGGAUGGAGUUCAGCUGCUGUGUCUGAUAGACAAGGGACUGGACGGCUGUCGCUACCUCCAGACAUAUGGAGAGUGGCGGACGGCUGCCUGGCUGGCCCGAGCCACUCUCUCAGAGAAAGACUGUGGAGAGGUCUUCACCAAAUGGGCCGACCACCUCGCCUCCGUCACUGUCAACAAGAAAGUCAGCGUUGCAUGCUGUACAGCAGGAAUAUUUGGUGCAGAGAAAGGCAAAAUAACGUUUGUUGGUGACUCUCCAAACCACUAA